CCGCGGCAGUCCACAUCGCCACAGCAGGCCGCGUCGCUAGGACGGGCUACGCAGCCACCGAAGGAGCGAGACGUGGCAGGGAGCGGGCUGGUUCCUAGGAGGAAUUCAUUGGGCGACUUGAAGAUUCCGGCCAGAAUCAGUCAGGCACAGGUCGGGCUGAGAAGGGAUCUGGGCAUGGUACGGGAGUUCGCCAUGAGUGUUGAGCGUGAGUCC